GUGAGCCAGUCAGUCAACCUCAGCAGUGAAGCAGCUCGUGUUUUUCGAAGGUUUUAUUCCUGUUUGUCGUGACAAGGUGUCAUAUUUUCGCUAUCGACUGUCACAAAACCGUUCGAAAUGGUUAAAAAUCACUGCACGGUUACUCGCAGAUUGUGAUUACGGUGAAUUUUGAUUAAUUGGCAUCUAGGAACUUCUGCAUCAUUGUGACAGCACUGAAAUCGAAUGGUAGUAGUGCGUCCGGAUUGGUAGCGAGAGUUUUGCGAUUGUGUGUGGCAUCAUCGUUAUUAGUUUUCGCUGUCGUCGUCGUCGUCGUCCCGUCGGUUGUUCGAUACGUGCACUGCAAAAGAAGACGGUCUACAACCGCACAAGGGAUAUAGAUCGACAUCGAGACGAUUUUCAGCAGUGCAAACUUUGAAAUUGAAAUUGCCUUCGAAGCAGCAAAAUAAUUCACCAUUGGAGAGCGGUGGCAAGCGAAAUUUAUGCAGCAGAUCGACAACCAUUGAAUGAAUGCAAGAGAGUCUCGACUCAACGAAGGCUAACUAAAACUGAGGUUUGCUUUUGUCUUCGUUGGGCAAGUUGAUUUGAUGAAGGGCGAAAGCAGCUGGAGUUGAUAAAAAAGAGGAAAUUCUAAACUAUCGAAGUAUUUCCCCGCCGUCAAGGAGACGUCAAAGAAACAAGAAAGCAUUUCUUCCUGUGUGUUGCGGACGAAGUGAUUCGAUAAAUUAGUCCUGCGAACGAGUUUCGUCAGGUUUGGCUUCGCGAGCCUCGCCGGCUGGCUGCGUUUACUCUGGUGGCAACGACGAAGGAGGGGUUCCUGACUGGCGAUCGACCGAUACCAUCGACAUCGACAAUGGAAUUGCGCGUAGGGAACAAAUACCGGCUGGGUCGAAAAAUCGGUUCCGGUUCGUUUGGCGACAUCUAUCUGGGUACGAACAUUUCUACCGGCGAAGAGGUGGCAAUCAAACUCGAAUGCAUCAAAACCAAACACCCGCAGUUGCACAUCGAGAGCAAGUUCUACCGGAUUCUCCAGGGUGCCGUGGGCAUCCCAACCAUCAAAUGGUGCGGUUCGGAGGGCGACUACAACGUGAUGGUGAUGGAACUGCUUGGUCCUUCGCUGGAAGAUUUGUUCAACUUUUGCUCAAGACGUUUCACACUGAAGACUGUGCUGCUGCUUGCCGAUCAGAUGAUUUCCCGUAUCGAUUACAUACACUCGAGAGGUUUCAUCCAUCGGGACAUUAAGCCGGAUAAUUUCCUAAUGGGACUGGGGAAGAAGGGAAACCUAGUGUACAUAAUUGAUUUCGGUUUGGCGAAAAAAUAUAAAGAUUCCAAAACGAUGCAACACAUUCCUUAUCGGGAAAAUAAGAACUUGACCGGUACGGCACGUUACGCAUCGAUCAACACACACUUAGGAAUCGAACAAAGCCGUCGAGAUGAUUUGGAAUCACUCGGAUAUGUGCUGAUGUAUUUCAAUUUGGGCACACUACCGUGGCAAGGAUUGAAAGCGGCAAACAAACGGCAAAAAUACGAAAGGAUCUCGGAGAAGAAGCUAUCGACGCCUAUCGAAGAACUGUGUAAAGGUUUCCCGCCAGAAUUCGGCUCGUACCUAUCGUACUGUCGCCAGAUGGAGUUCACACAACGGCCAGACUAUUGCUAUCUGCGGAAGGUGUUCCGAACUUUAUUUGCCCGGCAAGGAUACACGUAUGAUUACGUGUUCGAUUGGAAUAUGCUGAAAUUCGGAGGAUCCUCUCGCCACAAUAACACAAACGAUCGAACCAAAGCCGGCGCUGUAGUUCAGGCGAACGAUUCCGCUGCUAUCGGUACCAGCAUGGUGGCCACCGGGGGAACGGGUGUUGUACCGACUGCUACCGGAACGAAUGCAUCCUUAGCGAAGAAUGAUUCUUGCAAACAACUCGCCAACAGACUUGUCCAGAUGAUGGCCCAAACCCGACCGGGUGCCGAAGGGCAGCAGGUUCCUGUACCGGGAGCACCUCAACAGCAGCAGCCCCAGGCGUCCCACAACAACAACGCCGGAAGUGCAAAUCCCGAGCCAAUCGCGACCUUCUCUCGGCACGAUACACCUGAGCGCCGUUCGUCUAUCCGCUUGCGUGGCCAAAAUUUAGACUCACGAAAUAUUGAAUAAUAUUAAAUUUUCUUCCUAAGUUUUUAUUUACAUAUAUAAUUUUAAUAUUAUAUACGUAGGAAUCAGUCUCUCCCCCUUCCCGGGUAAGGCAAACCGCUUGGUUAAAACUCGUUCCAGAGACAGCUUGAAAUGUUUUGGUAACUGCAGAAUAAAACAAAUGUAGUGUCAAUCCUUCUUUAAAUUUUUUUUUACUCAACAAAGAAGGAUUACUACAGUUAUACAUAGACUAGCUAGAGUGAAAAUUUACACACAAAGCGGAGCCGGGAAAAAAAUGAUGAAAUAGGCAGAGAAACAGUUUAUUAUAUGUUUAAGUGUCGGCCAGGCCAAUAAAUAAGGUGGUAAGGCAGAAGGAAGAACACUAUAUGAAAGUUUAGAUAAUAUUGAAUUAUUAAUUAUUUCAUUAAUUAAUAAUAUUGAUAAAAGAAAUGUAAUAAUAAGUGAAGCUCGGUGAAAAAGAUACAAAUUGAAGGCGACAAAUUUAUGUAUUGGUGAUGUAGCAGUCCUUCACUCGAACAGUUCACAUAAUAAACAACCACAAACUACCCACACGAUCCUACAACACUAUUGUAUGUGUUUCUAUACAUGCAAGUUCAAAUACGCGUAGGGGAAAUGCAAAACCGGGAGCCAGCACUUGAAGAAUAAAAAAGUAAGCGUAGCGUAAGCAUAUUUAGCGAUUAAUAAAGCAGCAGCAAACAAAAACAAACAAAAAAAAAACGGCAACACUUAACGACUUAGUCUUAGGCAGUAAUGCGUCUACUUCCAUUAACUGCAGCAUAACGACGUGGGGGAAACACACAGAUCAGUCCAGUUUACGCAAUUCUGGUUGAAAAUUGCUAACAGAAAACAAAUGUUUUAUAUUAAGCCAGUCACAAUAUAAAAGAAAUCCAUUCAAUACAAACAUUUCAGAUACAUUCGCUUUAUUAUCGGUGUACAUUUGGUUUAUUUUGUAUUUAUAAGCACACCUUCGCCGCUAGCUGUACUGUAAAUACACAAUUCUAUACAUUUCAUUGUUUUUCGCAAAAUGUUACACAUGAUUUUGUUUGAAAUUCGAAUUGAAAGGAAACUCCAUGACCUUUUUUUUUGUUGCAUAUUUUGCUGCAGUAAGAGAAUCUUUCAUAAUAUCUAGCUUAGAAAAAAAGAACCUCUGGGAGUAUGUCUUUAUCCGGAGUGUCCGUGAAAUAGAUAGAGAAUGAGAGAUUCUGUUCAAUCUAGCCCGCUUAGUUUUAUCCUCUCUCGGAGCUGCGCGAAUGUGAUUUUUUUUUGCUUUUUUAUCGUAGAUUUGUGGUGAACAUAAACUCAUACACAACCUAAAAUACUGAAUCGUGCGAACGUUAUCAUUUGAAGACGGUGAGGGAAAAAAUUCAACUACUAAGAAUAAUAACAAACAAUGAUUUAUUGCUAAUCACACAUACAACUAAGAGUAAAUAAGAAAUACCUACCAAUCGUGAUAGUAGAGAAGUAACGAAACAAAACAAAAAAUGCGGAACUGUUUGAAACUACAAAACAAACAUGCAAACAAACAAACAAAAAAAACAAUCGGAUAAAUGGGACUGACAGAUCCGCUCCCAUCGCAAAUAAAACCCAUGAAAAACCAAACAACUUUUUCGACUGUGUAUAAAACUUACAAAAUAUUGCGAACAAACCGAUUUAUUGGAUAUUUUCUUUACUCGGCGGUAAAGAAGAAAAACCUUGCCGACUAUAUUCUGGGUGUUUGGAAUCAACAUUAACUCAUAUUGUCAUUUAAAUAACUGCAAACACAGUAGCAAUUUCAUCAACUUUUCGGGAUAGGAGUAACGAGUCGAUCAGAGACAAGAGAAUAAUUAAAAAAAAAAUCAAAUCAAAGCUUCUGCGUCUAACUAAUAGCGAUGUUUAUUGAUAAAAGAAACAAUACCUAUAAACAUAGUACAUUAUAUAAAACAGAAUGAUAUAAUGAAAUAAUUCUAGAACAAGCAGAAAUGGACAUUGUUUAAUGGUAACAUUAGCAAGCAAAGCAAGCGGAAAGAAUUAUACAUUUUUAGAUGGUAAAAGUAAUUAUUGCCGUACAUAUAGAAAAAUCAACCACAAAAACAAUGAAAGAAAAUAAAAAUGAGAAAAUUGUUUGUUUUCUGUUUUAUUUUUUCAUUUUCAAUAAUAAAUGAUUUAACAAAAACAA